CAUGGUCUCUCGCAGUUUCACCGCCAAGAAGCUUCCCCAACUCAUUCAUACUCCCAAAGUGAUUCUAUCUGAACAUUCAUGCGCUCCGCUUCUUUAAGCCCUCUUCUCCACGCACAUUGUGGGCGACAAACCGAUCCUUGUUCGGGAUUUCAUACAUUCUGCGCUUUACAACCCGAAACAUGGCUACUUCUGCCAAAGAUCGGGUUCAGUCGGCGUGCUUGAGAAAAGCAUUAGGUUCAAUCAGCUUGAAGAGAAGCAUACUAAUUGAGGAUUCAAGAAUAUUCAUGCUUUAUGGUUGAAGGAUAUGGGGCUAUGGUUGGUGGCUAACUCCCCAUGCUUCUUGAAUACUAACAGAACAUUAUGGUUGAAGGAAGGGGGAUAGAUGCACCAAGUUCUUCCAUCGGGUUGCUAACACAUAUAGGCAAAACAAUGCUAUAGAGAUGUUGAUGAUAGAAGGGGUGGCUUCCUCCAACCAAAUCGAGAUCGCAGAUCACAUUGUCACUUACUAUGAGAAUGUGCUUUCGGAGCAGUUUUCUUGAAGGGCGAGACUAAACGGGCUUGCUUUUGAUAUUCUUGAUUAACAGGAAACGGAACAACUCGAAAGGCCAUUUGACGAGUUAGAGAUCAGGAAAGUAUUAAAAUGCAUGGUAGGUGACAAAGUUCCAGGCCUGGAUGGCUUCUCCAUGCCUUUUUUUUAAAGACAUGGUGGGAUGUGCUUAAGGAAGAUAUCAUGGGGGUCUUCCAUGAAUUUCAUGAAAAUGGAAGGUUUGAAAAAAGCCUAAAUGCAACUUUUAUUGCACUCAUUCCUAAAAAGCUUGGUGCUGUAUAGGUAAAAGAUGAUCGUCCCAUUACCUUGGUGGGUGGGUUAUACAAAAUCUUAUCCAAAAUAUUGGCGAAUAGGUUGAGCAAGGUGUUGAAGAGAUUAAUAUCAAAGCCUCAGAAUGUCUUUGUUAAAGAUAGGCAAAUCCUUGACUCAAUACUUAUUGCCAACAAAUGUUUGGACUUAAGUUGGGAGAGCCGGGGGCUUUUAUGCAAACUGGAUAUGGAAAAAGCUUAUGAUCGUGUCAAUUGGAGAUUUUUACUCUAUAUGCUUGAGAGAUGUGAUUUUGGCAUGAAAUGAUGUACAUGGAUCCAUCACUAUAUCUCUACAACUUGUUUCUCUAUAUUGGUGAAUCGCCAAAAAACUUCUUUAAAAGCUCACCAGGAUUAAGACAAGGCAGGAAAGCUUAUAUGAAAUACUUGGAUGAUUUAUACAAGCGGAGUGACAUAGCUUGGUACACUCCAGUGGAGCUUUUUAAGCCUUGGUAUGCUCAUGGAAUUGCAGAAGCCAUAAUGCGUACUACUAAUCUUUCAGUUCCAUUAAAAAUAUAUGAAAUUGGUGGUGGAUCAGGGACUUGCGCGAAGGGCAUAAUGGAUUACAUAAUGUUGAAUGCACCUGCUAGAGUUUACAACAGUAUGACUUACACCUCAGUGGAAAUCAGUCCUUCACUGGCUGAGAUACAAAGAGAAACUGUUGGAGGAGUCCGUAGUCACUUGUCAAAAUUCAGAGUAGAAUGCCGUGAUGCUGCUGAUCGGACUGGAUGGGGGGCUGUAGAGCAACAACCAUGCUGGGUAAUAAUGCUUGAGGUGCUUGAUAAUCUUCCACAUGAUCUUAUCUAUUCAGAAAAUCAAGUUUCUCCUUGGAUGGAAGUAUGGGUUGAAAAGCAACAUGAUAGGUACAAAGUUUCUUCCUUUAAUAGGGAAACACUCUCUGAGUUAUAUAAGCCAUUACAAGACUCCCUAAUUAAGGGUUGCGUUGAUAUUAUUGACUUGGACAAAAAUCAUAGCAGUCAAAGCAGCAUAAUAUCAAAGACAAGAAGCAUUUGGUCUAAGGUUUUUCCUGCACCUCGAAGAUGUUGGCUACCAACUGGUUGCUUGAAACUACUUGAGGUUCUACAUGGAGUGCUACCAAAGAUGUCUUUGAUUGCUUCUGACUUUAGUUACCUACCUGAUGUGAAGAUACCUGGUGAAAGAGCUCCCUUGGUUUCAACCAAGAAUGGUGGAAGCAGUUUGGAUUAUGGCAGUUAUCUUGAUGCAAAGGGUGACGCUGACAUCUUUUUCCCCACCGACUUUUGGCUUUUGGAAUGCAUUGACCAUUAUUGUUCUGGGUGGUUGAAAUCGCUCAAAGAUAGAUCAUCCAAUCAAGGGAAGAAGAGGCGAACACUUACUCUUGAUACAUCUUCAUUCGUGGAAGAGUUUGGAUUGCCAUCGAAGACGAGAACAAAGGAUGGAUACAACCCACUCCUCGAUGACUUCAAGAAUACUAAAUUUUAUAUUAGUGUUCCUACCCAUAACAUUAAAUAGACGACAUCUGGCAACUAUUUCCAAGGAUGCUUUGUGGUUGAGAAUAUUGGCAAAGCUCAGGCAGUCAAGAUUGCAUCUUUCGAAGAGAUGAGAAUAUUGGCAAAGCUUUGCCCAGGCAGUCAUCGAAGAAAUGAUUCGGGCUGUGCACGAUCAAUUUCUUUGUCAUUUAUAAUUGGAUUGAAUACAAUUUUCACAGAAUAAUUUUGGACCAUGGGUGGCCUAUACAUUAUUUUUAUACAUGUAAUUUACACAGCCAAGGGCAUAAUUACGCAUAAUAGAAUGCUCUGAUGGCUAAAAAAUUUUCAGAUUUUCUUCAUCCUUUUCAAUUCAAAAAGCUUGCUGAGCAAGAGUUUGUUUUAUAUUUUAGUAAUUUAUGGUGUAUACAUGUAACAGGGAUUAAACCA